GGUUCUACCGAAUAGGUACAAACUGGUAGGAACCCACCUCUGCUCCAGACGCCCCUUUCGGGGGGGAUCUGGUUCCCACCCUUUCAGAAAGUAUAAGUGACUGUCGGGAAUCAGCUCUCAUAGGAGGGCGGCUCCAAUUGUUUCAAGCCCAGUGGAAGCAGGUCACAUCGGACCAGUGGGUAUUACAAACAAUCCGACUGGUUCUCACCCUAGAAUUCCUCUCUCUUCCUCCCUGUCAUUUCAUCAGGUGUCCCGUUCCCUCGUGCCCUGUCAAAAAAUCCCUCAUGAAACAGGAAAUAAGACAUCUCAGGGAGAUCAGGGCCAUAGAGCCGGUACCUCCUGGUCAGGAGGGGACAGGGUUCUAUUCUAUCCUGUUUCUGGUCCCCAAAAACUCCGGAGGGUGGAGGGGGAUCCUAGAUUUAAAGCAGUUAAAUUAUCAUGUCAUCUAUCAGAGGUUCAAGAUGCAGUCCCUCCAGUCGAUCCUGGAUUGCAUCAGGCCGGGAGACAUCUUAACCUCCAUAGACCUAAAAGAGGCCUACCUCCAUGUACCCAUGGAGGUAGCAAAGCUCACCGCAGAUACCUGAGGUUCACUUAUGCCAGUCAGCACUACCAGUACCGGGCCAUGCCGUUCGGCCUGUCAUCGGCCCCCAGGACAUUCACCAAGGUCCUCGCAGCAGUGGCGGCAUUCCUCAGGUCGCGACCAGUAAGGAUGCACUGCUAUUUAGAUGAUGUGCUCAUCCAGUCAUCAUCCUCCCAGCAGGCAGUCAAGGACACUCUGCAGGUUCUCCGGAAUCACGGGUUUUCCAUCAACUUGGAAAAGAGCCAUCUUCACCCAAUGACCAGGCUUCAGCAUCUAGGGGCCAUCAUCGACAUUGUCAUCUGCCAGGUCUUCCUGUCACCAGAGAGGGUGCAGAGCCUCUGAGAGAUGGCCAUGCAGGUACAGCGGUCUCCUCGUGCCAAGAUCGUUCUGCUAUCGCAGCUCCUGGGCAAGAUGAUAUUGUGCCUAUCCAUCGUUCCGUGGGCACGUCUUCACUGUCAUCCCUUCCUGUGGCUCCUUCUGCCCUAUCAAAGGGCCAACAAGAGCAGCUCACCGAGGCUCAUUCCAGUCUCCAUGAAAGUGCGUCGCUCACUCCGAUGGUGGUUGUCUCCUGCCCUGAAGAAGGGAUCUCCGUUCAAGAAGCCGACCCAGCUCACCAUUAUGAUAGAUGCCAGUCUGUAUGUUUGGGGGGCCCACUUCUGCAACCAGAUAGCUCAGGGCAGGUGGUCCUCGACCGAGGUAUCGCACAGCAUCAACUGGUUGGAGCUGAGGGCUGUCCAGUUGGCCCUGCUUCGAUUUCAGAUGGGUAUUCAGGAUCAUCACGUGCAGGUGCUGAUGGACAACGUCGCAACGAAGGCGCACAUCAACCGCCAGGGGGGCAUGCGGGCCGGGUCCUUGAUGUCGGAAGCUGACGACCUAGGUCGGUGGGCGGAGCUUCAUCUGCUGUCCAUACAGGCGGAGCACACCUCCGGCACGGUGAACACCCAGGCGGACUAGCUAAGCAGGGCGACUGUCGAUCACUCAGAGUGGUGCCUGCACCCGCAGCUGUUCCACAGCAUAGUUCAGAGGUUCGGUUGCCCUCAGGUGGACCUGUUAGCAACAGCAGCCAACUCUUAUCUUCCCAGGUUCUUCACCAGGUUCCACGACCCGAGGGCCGAGGGGGUAAACGCUCUUCACUGCCCUUGGCCGAAGGAACUGCUCUAUGUCUUUCCCCCAUUGCCUCUUCUUCCCAGAGUCAUCAGGAAGAUCCUGGCGGAGGCAGCGGAAAUCCUUCUGGUAGCCCCCUUUUGGCCCAGGAGGACCUGGUUUUCCAAUCUGGUGAGUCUGUCCAUCCGAGACCCGUGGCGGAUUCCUCCACAUGAGAUCUCUCUCUGCCAGGGGGCCCUUCUUCAUCCAGAGCCCCAGUUGCUACAACUAUCCGUUUGGCACUUGAGAGGGAUCUCUUAAGCAUGGACAACCUUUCCACCAAGGUGAUCAGCACCAUUCAGGCGUCACGUUGUCCUUCCAUGACUCGGAUUUAAGAUGCCACCUGGAGGGCCUUUGUCUCCUGGUGUUCUUCCAGGGGUGCGUCAGCUGCGUUCAGCUUCGAUUCCUGUCAUUCUGGAGUUUCUGCAAGACGGCCUUGAUAAGGGUUUGGCGCCUAACACUCUUCGUCGUCAGGUGGUCGCGCUCUCCACCAUCCUGGCCCCUGAGGGUCACCAUUCUCUCAGCCGUCACCCCACCAUUCACAGUUUUCUUAGGGGGGCGACUAACCUGAGUCCCCCGAUGGUUCACAGAUACCCAACUUGGGACCUUAAUGUGGUCUUGCAGGCUCUGGUCGAACCGCCGUUCGAGCCCCUCAGUUCGGCCAGCUUGAAACAUCUGACCUUUAAGACCGUUUUUCUCAUUGCCAUCACCUCGGCCAGACGUAUCUCUGAGCUGGCUGCCAUGUCUGUCUAUGAGGAUUUGUGCUUGUUUCACCAAGACAUGGUGAUCCUUUGGCUGGAUCCUUCUUUCAUGCCUAAGAUUAAUUCCUGGUUCCACCAGGCCCAGGAAGUCAUCUUCCCUGACUUCUGUCCGCAUCCAAGGCAUCUUCGCGAGGAGUGCUGGCACAAGCUGGAUAUUCGCAGGACGCUACUCAGAUACAUCAAGUGUACGGCCAGUUUUCGACGCUCUGAGUCAUUGUUUGUAUCCUUCCAGCCGUCAUCUCAGGGCAAGAAGGUCUCCUCGUCUACGAUUGGCGGUUGGCUUAGGGGCUGCAUAACUCUCGCCCAUGUUCCGCAGUCUUGACCGGUACCCAGUCAUAUCACAGCGCAUUAGAGCAGAAGUGCUGCCACCACCGCAGCCUGGGCAACACGGGCUCCCAUUGAGGAGAUUUGCAGAGCGGCCACAUGGACUUCCUUACCUCCGUUUGUGCGGAAUUAUAAGUUAGACAAGUUUGCUUCAGCGGAAGAGGCCUUUGGGAGACGUGUUCUGCAGGGUAUUCAUUCCAGCGGAGAGACCCUGUCUGCUUCUGCUUCCUGCCCUCGUGACAUUUAGCUUGGGUAUGUUCCUUGCUUGGACUCUCCUGAGCAGCGCCCUGGAAAAGGACCAUUGACUUACCUGAAGGGUCAUUUUCAGGACGCUGUGAAGGAGAGUCCACCCCACCCUGGGGUCUGGCUCCUCUGUUAUUGCAUUGGUUUCCUUGGAUGUUCCAGUUGGACUUGUUCCGGUUGUGUUUCUUGUUGAUCCAAUGUUGGACUUCUCAGCGCGCAACAGUUCCACGUCUUCAUUGAAAAAUCUAAGGAUAAUCAGCACCAGAGGUGUGGCUUAAAGUUUCAAUUCAGCUCUGGGCAGUUUGGCUGUAUUUAACCCUUGCUUG